AUGUAUCCGGAUAUCAAUUCAAGUAAACCUCACCGGUACUACCUGAUCUCCUACCCAAGGACUGCAUCGAACCUUUUGCUCAAGAUUCUCGCUGUUGAGUCUCAACCCGGCUUUUCAAGCGGCGGUUACGAUGGGGGUUACUUCUUUAUGCCAGUCGAUGGUAUCUUGUGCGAACGACAUCUUCGCAGCAGAUGUGUGAGCGACUGGACAAGUGAUGAGAGGCGUGAGGUUCAAGAGAGCUUCCAGACAUGCUUCGAGAAUCAGCUGCGCUGGGUAGAGUCCGCACAAUCACAGGGGCAUUCGAUCUUUGUCAAGGAGCACACUACUUUCUUUGCGGACCCAAUCGUACGUACCCGAUUGCAAUUCGGUGCGGAUGCAGUGAAUGAGCCGAACUGGACGGUUCGAUAUGCUGGGGGCUCAACUCACUCUACACUGAAUACUUCAGUGCUGCCCGACGAGUUUCUGCUCACCUGGCUACCCACGUUCCUCAUUCGACACCCGGCUGUUGCCUUUCCGUCUUACUAUCGGACCAUCAUUGAGAGAGAGGGAAAGGAGUUGGCAGCUGCCGACAAUUUCGCCUCGCUAGUGAUAACGGUCGAAUGGAGUCGCGCUCUCUACGACUUUUACCUCCAACAUCGGGACGCUCUCCCUUGCUCGCCGGCCCAACGAAGCGAGUGGCCCAUUGUUCUAGACGCAGAUGACGUGAUUAAUCAUCCCGAGAUCAUAUCUCUCUAUUGCGCAAAAGUUGGCAUGGAUCCGCAAACGUUGCGAUUCUCCUGGGACCAAGCCGACCCGGAAAAGCUGGCCAAGAUGCAUCCAGCACAAAGGGCCAUGCGUACGACAAUAUACGGGUCAACAGGUAUUGUCAAAGGCAAAAGUCUUCAGGAACUGAAUAUUCUCGACGAAGCUAGCAAGUGGAGGAGCGAGUUUGGCGAUAUUGCCGCGCAGCAUAUUGAAAAGCUCGUUCGCCAGGCCAUGCCCGACUAUGAAUAUCUGAGGGCAAGAAGGCUACGCGCUACGCCAGCCUAG